CCUCCGCCCCUUUUUCUAUCAGUCUCUCACUGAAGCUAGUUCCGUAUUCUCCACUACUUUAAUACAUCAGCCAUUCACUUUAACCUCCGUAAGGUUAGAAAAACAGUGCAUUUACAUCAGAUCAAAUUGACCAUGGCCUCUUGAGAUUAAAAAGGUUCCCAUGUCCCACUGGCACGGAAUAUAAAAUGAAGCACCCAUGAGACUACAUCCUGGAGAAUGUAUGUUCCCCACAGUACAGAUAGGAUCGAAAUGAGGUGGAUGCACAGAGCAUCACAGCUGUGCAGCGCAGCACAGACACUCCUGUGAAACCCUUCACCCCUGCUCCUCCUCCCCAGCACACUGCCUUCUCACCUCUCACAUCCUGAUACCUCCACUGAGGGUAAAAAUGGCUGCUCAGAGGAAGCACCUGGUCAGAGAUUUUAACCAUUUCAUCACCUGCUACGUUUGUAAAGGAUACCUAAUCAAGCCCACAACAGUGACUGAGUGCCUCCACACUUUUUGCAAAAGUUGUAUCGUCCAGCACUUUGAAGACAGUAAUGACUGUCCGAAAUGCGGCAUCCAAGUUCAUGAAACAAACCCAUUGGAAAUGUUAAGGCUGGACAACACUUUGGAAGAAAUAAUAUUUAAACUUGUGCCUGGACUCCGGGAAAAGGAACAACAACAGGAGAUUGAAUUCUGGAGGAAGAACAAUUCAAAAGAAAAUGGUGAAGGUGAAAGCCCCAAAUCUAAGAGGGCCAGGAUUGAAGAUGAAGAGGAGGAGAAUGGGGACCAGGAUUAUCACAGAAGUGACCCCCAGAUAGCAAUCUGCCUCGACUGCUUGCGAAAUAAUGGGCAGUCUGGAGAAAAUGUAGUGAAGGGCUUAAUGAAGAAAUUUAUUCGCUGCUCAACGCGAGUGACAGUUGGAACUAUAAAGAAGUUUCUGAGUUUGAAGUUAAAGCUUCCUAGCUCUUAUGAGCUGGAUGUUCUAUGCAAUGGUGAGAUCAUGGGAAAAGACCAUACGAUGGAAUUCAUUUAUAUGACAAGAUGGAGACUUAGGGGAGAGAAUUCUUACCCUAUGGUACUAGAAUAUCGACCGCGGAUCGACUUUGGUUAGAGAAGAGUGAGACCUGCGAGGUGACGUCUGCACUAACUUCAACCCAUCGACAGAUUGCACAAUGAAUGGAUGUGCCUGGACCGGGGACACAGAAUCUUCUAUUCCUUUUUUCUGCAUGCAGUCAAAUUCCCUUGUUUUUGCCUUAUUUUCUUAUUUUCCUCUAAUGUGACUUUGUAGUCAAUACUCUGUAACAUUCUUGAACAUUGAGGGAUAAAUGUUUGUCUGUAUUUAUUACUGCAACAAAUCAAGGAGCUCAUAUCAUGAGUUUAGAAAUGUACUCACUUCACUUCCUAGUGACUUACUACAUGCCAUACUGUGUUCACUGGAUCAAUCUUGCACUCAGUCUCAUGAAAGUAAUAAUUUAGGUCUUUUUCACCUAAUAACAUGAACAUUAAGUCAGAUCAUGCUAAAAAGGGUUCAAAUAAUUUUACAAAGGUCCAGAUGCUUUCUAAUCAAACGAUUAUGACAGGCUCAGUGUAGAGGCUCAUUUGUCUACUCAUGUUUUAACUUUCCUAGUUCAAAGGUUAUGUCACAUUAAGGUAGGAAAACAGUUUUGUAAGUUGGGUCAUAAAUGUAUGAGAUUCUUGAAAUUGGAAUUGAUAAAAUACUGUAAAUGCAGUUUCUAAAACACCACUUUUGACAUACACUUGUACUUUGUCAUCUAAACCUUCCUAAUAAUUGAAAUAUUACUUGUUUAAAAAUUACAAUUAUAUUCUGUGUGUAUAGGGUUGUGUCAAUGCAUAGAUUAUUAUUCACAAGCUAAUGGUUUUGGAUAUCAAAAGUAUGAAAAGCACCACACAAUGAGAGUAAAAUAAUAUGUAAAUGUGAUUGCAAGUAACCUUGUAGUAAGAAUUUGUUUAAGAAUUUUCCAUAUAAUGGAUUUUUUUUUCUUUAAAUACGUUACUGUAAGUGUUUGUCAUUAUCAGUAUUUCAUGGAGUGUUUCAGGUAAACAUUCCAUAAUGGCAAAUUGGACUUCACAUAUUUAAAUUGAAAAACAUGUUUUUUUUCUAGAAAAAAUAAAUAAUAAAGAUAUAUUAAAUAUCCUUGUGAAAGUAAUGGGUACAGUGCAGACUGUGCUCAUAAAUUAAUACAAUGAAGAUAGGAUUUCAGGGCUGUGGAAAUUAGGCCUCACAGCGAUAUAGGAGAGGGAACUCGGGCCUACUGCUCAUGCACAGAGAGCUGAGUGACCUUCUGCAACCAGCACAGCUAAAGUGCACAUUUUCUGUUUCUGUUAAAUGUCUUGGUUUCGCCGCUUAUUCUAAAAUGUUUCCCUUCAUCAAAUUUUGGAGAAAACAUAAUUUCUACUCAACUUCUCUUGAAAAUCAUUAUCUGAAGGAUAUUAGUUUGCUCGUUUUGAAAGUCUCCUGUCCUCCCAGUCACAGUACAAAACAAGCUAUUGACAAUCCUCCUCUUUCCAAGUGACAUGACUGUCGAUGAGAUCCGAGGGCGUUGAACUGUUUAUUUUGGGAAUUUGAACAUUUGAUCUCUUAACAAUCCUCAGUCUUCUAUAGUUCAUCAAUAAAACAAGUUUACAAAGUAGGAUUUUCAGUUUUUAAAAAUAAAAAAAGAUAAAACAUGCAGCCAGUCACAGGAGUUGAAUGUUCUGAGAAUACAAUGAAUCUGUCAGGCUCCAGUUAACAGUUGAUUCUUAAUAUUAAAUUGACAAGGGGAAUUGCCAUGCCAAAUAUAUCUGAAAAUACCAGUGUUUAUUUCAACUAAGCUAUUCUAUUCACUGUAUACAUGACAUACCUCUGCAGGUAGUGGGGACUUGGGUCUGAUUUCUGGUUGUCAACAUCCAGGCAGUGUGGAUUGGUGAAAUUGGCUUCAUUUGCAACUUAUUUUUGCUGGAGGACUGUACAGACUUGCUGGUCCUUUACACACCAGUCCAUCUAGCGCCUGGUCUCGAAUACCACAAUGUUUAAACACAUACUUCUGUACAAACAGAAGUUUAGUGAUGUUCUGUGUAAGAAGUGCGUUUUUUUUCCAGUUACUGCACAAUUGGCGUUGUAGUUGUGGAUUUUGUGCUGCUGUCCUUAUCCACACAUUACCAGAAGAUACAAAGGUCCAUCUGAGACUGACAGCCACUGAGAUAAAGGGAUUAUUACUUGAUAGACUGACUAUCGGAUGUACAUUGGCUGACAUACAUGAAGCUUCAAGCUGUUGGAGAGUGUUGCUGAUUUUCAGUUUCAGAGUGGUACACAGAGGCCAUGGAAAAAGUGGGCUUAUUUUCUCAAGAAAUAAAAACUGUUGUAACAGUUACAAAAGUGUUAUGUUACCCAGUAAUUAGAAAGAUGCACAAGAUGUACAUUUCUAAACUUUGAAUCACUGUCUGGCGAGGAAAAACUGGUUGCAAGUGUUUUGAAAACUCUUACAUUCUGUUCCCUGGCCAGACUGAAAUGUGAUUACCCAGGCUGGAUUUUGUGCCAACUUUAAGAACUGGUAAUGGCUUUUUUGGCAGAACUCUGAGAGAUAUUGAUGGGUCGGGUGGAUAUGAAUGCGAAGAAAUUGUGAUGUGGAUGGGAUAGUGUCCCUUCACAAAUGAGCACAUAUGAGAAAAGAAAGCUUGUGCAAUGUUCUCUUUCAAAAUGUUCCCUGAAUUAUGUAUAUUUUAAUGGCCUUACCUGUUCUUAGAAAACAUUUUACAUCUAUUCUCUUUGAAGUAAUUUCACAAAUAAUCAGAUUUUAAGAAUGUUGUUUUUUUCAGUUAUGCAUCCACUGCAUUUUAACCUGCAGUAAUGUAGAAUAUAGAAGUAUUGGAAAAUGAAGAAUUUCCCUUUUUUCAUUCUUCUGUAGCUGUUCUUAAAAGUUAAAAGUCAUGAACAAUAUCAAAGCCUGAUGAUCCUUUCUUUCAACAGGACCUGAAAAGGUGCUCGUUAGGAUUGUCCCUGCAGCUCUUUUGUUUUCUUUUGCUGAUCUGGAGAACAUUGUCCAAGUUUUUUUUUUUAAAUAGUCCAUCACUAAUUGCGAAAAUGUGUGCUAUGAAACUGUGUUGCACAGCAAUCUCAAUGAGGCGUGCAGACAAUGUAUACAGGGGAAACUGGUGUAAAUCACUUAUUAAUUUGCACUGUAAAACAUUCAGCAAAGAGAAAAAGUCCUCGGGUAGUUUAUAUACUCAUCUUUCAAUCACCAAACAAUUACACACUUUAUACAGCCUUAGAUCUCUGAUACAGUUUCAAAACAUCUUCACAAAUCCCCCACAUUGAGAUUGGUCCGAAUGAGCUUUUUUGACAUACUCAUUCCAUAUAAUGCUCAACUCUGGUGUCUUUCCAAAGUAACUUAAGAAACUGCUUGUCAGGUUCUUAAAAUAAUCCUGUCACUGGUGUGCUUUAUACAUGUCCUUAAAAUGUCUUUAAGAAGUGUUUAUAAAAAAAAGGUUAAAUGUAACUUUAAAAUCUCUGCAGUGGUUAAACUUAGUUCAGAAUUUGUUUAGACUCAAUUACCCUUGAAAUGUUCCUGUGUUGCCCUGCGAUGAAGAAUAUUAUGUAUUUUUGUAAUAAGAAGCACUUGUAGAUAUUUUAUCUUUAAAGGAAAUUUAUGUUGUAUGUUUUCCAAACAAAAAAUGCUGCUUAGAAUAAUCUAUUCUAUUUUUCCAUGUAAAUGUGCCUGAAAUGCAUUCCUAUAGAGUUUAGAAUUGUAUAUAUGCAACAGAGUUGUUCUUUAUGUGAUGAAAUGAUUUCCUGAUAUUAUUAAAAAAUGCAAAAACUAAAGUGCUUUUCAUUUUACUGAUAGGUUACUGAUACAUUGUAAAUUUGUAUAUUAAAACAAUUGUAUGAAGGACUUGAUAGAUAUUAAGACUGUGUAAUGAAAAAAGGAGUUUCAGCAUAUCAUCUUGUCUACUCUUCUGUUUUUAUAAUUAUUACAUACUCUUUACCAUGGUAAAAAAAAUAUAACCUUUGCACAAUUUAGCAUGUAGAAUUUCCUAUACUUAAAUAUUUUGGUAUUUGUGCUUCUGUGUUUUUUUCUUCUUUAAACAGAGAACAGGAAUCAAAUAUUGGCAAAUCCAUACAGGAAAAGUGAAACUAUCUUACUAACUAUAUGUUAAUAAUGCAGAAUCUGCAGUUCUACUACUUAUUUGCUUAAUUAUCUUUUACCAAGCACUUCAUACAGUAUAAUUAUACUGUAAUUACAGUUACGGAAUUUGGGUCUACAAAAGGCCAGCCAAGGCUGGACACUUUAGUUGUUGUCCCAUAGUGUAAGUGUCUAAUACAAUUGCUACAGCCAUUUGAAAAUAACUUAUAAAUAUCUGAUCUUUAUUAAAUUAUGAAUCUGUUGAAGCUAGAUUGUCACAAGACCAUUUUUUCUGUUCAAAUGUAAUUUGAAUAAAAUACUGUGGGAUA